CCGUGACAGAGUCACACAACAACAGUGUUUGUAGCUUUUGCGUCCUCAAGCAUCAAGAGUCAAAUAUAUCCAAGUGCAGGCAACGACAGGCCUAGGGCGCAAUCAUCAUUAUGGCUACAUCUCCAUUCACCGGGUAUUGCCAAGUGGACUCCUUCGGUCCUGAUGAAGAAUAUCUAUCAGAUGACGAAGACUUCUAUGUCACGCUUGACCUCGGUACCGUUGAGCCAACCCUACUUCCCAGCAGUUCGACCUAUAGGCUUGUAGGCUUGGACACGCCUACACCAUUUCUGCAGCUUUCUGGCUCUUUCUUCAGGGGUCGGCACGAUACGCUCCUUGGUUCAGAACUUUUGUUCACAGAGGGUAAAAAUGAUUUUGAAAGAAAUACGCGAGCGUUAACCCAUGUCGGCGUCACCGAGCGGCGUAUUCGAUUCAAGGAGGUGCAGCUACGGGAGAAGCCCCGUGAACAAUUAGACGAAACUCCUGCUAGUGGAGACGCUUCUAACAACGAUGCGCCAGUGGAAGAUGCUGGCCAUUCACUUGGACGCAUGAUUGGGAGUGUCACCGAGCCCCCAUCUAGAAAACGCAAGAAACGACGUAACAAGGGGAAAGAAAAGGAGACGUCCCCUCAAGAGGAGAAGGAUGAUGCUAUGGAUACCAGUUAAUCUCGCCGUUAAGAGGAUCCGCCCCUACUAUCGUGUCGUCCUGUCAUUGUCGUGACUGUAGGCCACUGCUUCUUCCGACAAACACCUUGAUUGUUAACAAACCUUGCGCAACCCACUAGCACCUGUGAACAGCGAUGAAAAUAUCCAUAUUUUAAAUUA